AUGAGUGAAUUCCAUAUUCAUCACCUCGUAUCGGAGUUAUUGGAGAAAUUAGGGUUAGUCAGUAAUUGCAUACAACAAUUAAAACAUUUCAUAACGUUAAUCUUGACUGGAGGCAAAGGAGCUGAAGUUUAUGCCGACAUUUUACAGAAAAAUACUACUCCUUAUGUAACUACUCAGGUAUCUGCCCAUACCGCCAAGCGAAAAAUUGCUGAUCAGUGCUCUUCUCCAAGUGAAUUUUUACGUAAAUACAACGAUUUAAAAUCCAGAAGUAUUCAAGAAGUAGAUUCACUGACAUUUUUCCUAUCAAAGUUAAUUGAUGAAAAGAGUGUAGUAGAAUAUUUAAAAGAUCAUGCCGCCAAAACUUCAAGUGAAGACUUCCAGUAUCCUAGUGUAAAUUCUUCAUUAUCAAGUUCCACAUCCGAACAAUUACGUACUCUUCAAAACCAAAUAGCCAUCGCGACUGGAGGCAGCAGUAAUUAUCAUUCAAGUGAAGCUUUACGAAAAAUAUUAAGAGAAAAGCAAGCUAAGAAACUAGCAGGUACGAAGGUACCUGACAGGCCAGAAUGGAUAACUGAGCGCCCAUACCUUACACAAGACUAUGUAAUUAAUGUGCCAGAAAGUCGUAUCACUGCAGCGUCUGAACAAGUUUCAAUUGGAACCCUACCGUUGCCUCUCCAGGAAUUAGCAAUUUUGGAAGAUUUAUUAUAUCUAUUAAAGGGUGUUGAAGGAAAGUAUAUACUGGUCAAACAAGGCAGAGACAGAAGUGGUGUUAGAUCAUUCAUAAUCGAUAAAACUUUAGACCCUUCAUUAAUGGAACUAAUUAAUCGCAUCCUCCCUAUGUGCAGUUAUUAUUCCAUUAUUUGUCAAUUUUUAGAAGAAAAAUGUUUUUUCGAGUAUGGCUUAGUAAAUCAAGCUCUUACUGCUGCAAUUCAUGAAUUAAUGAAGGAACACCUUAUCGUUACCGCGCAGCUUGAACAUCAAAUACGUCAAGGCAACUUAUCACUUCAAAAAAUGUGGUUUUAUUUGCAACCAAGCAUGAAAACGUUUGAAGUAGUGCAAUCUAUUAUCCUAUCGAUUAACAAGGGUUUUCUUCGUGGUGGUAAUGUCUUAACCUUACUUCACGAAGUUACAAAGAGCCACCUAAUUGAUUCAAAGAUACAAGAACUUAGUUUUCAUCUCACGCAAUCUGCUGGUCAACCGUUCUUUGAAAUACUCGAACACUGGAUCUAUAAGGGUAUCAUUGUCGAUCCUUAUUCUGAGUUCUUCAUCAUAGAGAAUACGAGUUUAUUAAAAGAAGGAAUCGCUGAAGAUUUACACGAUGCUUACUGGGAUCACCGCUACACGAUACAACCUGAUCGGAUUCCUGUUUUCUUGUCAAAGCUUGCGGAAAAGAUCUUAAGAACCGGAAAGUACUUAAACGUUAUUCGUGAAUGUGGACGCGAUGUGCAAUAUCCGAACGCGGAAGAAAUAGUGUACACCCUAGAUGACCGAAAGUAUAUAGACCACAUUGAACGGGCUUAUAACUAUGCCAGUGAAGAGUUACUAAAGGUGCUACUAAAAGAGAAAGACUUAAAGGGUAGACUGAGAUCUAUUAGAAACUACUUUCUGAUGAAUCAAGGUGACUUUUUCGUUCAUUUUAUGGACUUGGCUGAAGAUGAAAUGCGAAAGAAUAUCGUAUUGCCCCGUUUAGAUGCCUUACUCGAGUUAGCGUUACGCACUAGUGCUGCAGUUCAUGAUCCUUACAAGGACGAUUUAAGGAUAGAGUUAUUAUCUUAUGAUCUUAUUACACAACUCUUCCGGAUACUUGCGGUAUCUCAAGAUACAAAGCGCCCAACAGAACAAACAGUUAAUAUAUCAGUUUUGGAGGCAUUUACAUUCGACUUUACUGUACAUUGGCCACUUUCCAUUAUUAUCAGUCGUAAGGCCUUAACAAGAUACCAAAUGUUGUUUCGCCAUCUGUUCUACGCUAAACACGUCGAGAAACAGUUAUGCAGUAUUUGGGUAAGCAGCAAAGUUGCAAAGCAAUACCAACUACGAGCGUCCAAAUGGUAUGCUGCGGCAUUUGCGUUGCGCCAAAGGAUGCUACACUUUGUUCAAAAUUAUCAGUAUUAUAUGAUUUUUGAAGUUAUUGCGCCAAACUGGCAUGUUCUUGAAGAAAAAUUGCUACUUGUGUCCAAUAUCGAUGAGCUACUAGAGCACCACAAUGAUUUUCUAGAUAGAUGUUUGGAAGAAUGUAUGUUAACAAACCCAGAAUUACUUAAAAUUGUCAGUAAACUGAUGUUGGUCUGUGUAACAUUUACAAAUUGGAUGAAUAGAUUUUCUCACAGUGUAGAAGUUGAUUCUCGAAUAACUGAAGUUACUGGCCAGAAUUUAUCAAGAAGUAUGAUAGGAAAUGCAGGAAAAAGUAUUGGUGGUAUGCAAGCUCUAGAAGAGAGAAGAGUAACAACUAAGAUUGUGUCAGAACAUAUUGACCAAUUAAUUGGUAGCGAUGAAUUUGAGCGAUCAAUCGAUAACUUUAGUAAAAAUUUUCUUAAGCAAUUAAUCGACUUAUUGGAUAGAGUUGGAGAACUAGGUGUGAUUAAUUAUCAACAAAGUAUUAUCAACAUUAUAGCACGAGUCGACUACAAUGGCUUUUACACUGAAAGACUACGUAUGCAAGCAGAAAUUAGAGCUAAAGCUAAAGCUGACAAAAAAGUCGCCAAUAAAUUAACACGUACAAAAUCGACGGCAGAAGAAAUUCGUGAAAGUAACUUGAUAAAAGGUAUUAGCGAUUUCCCAAGCGGAUCUAUUGAUGAAGAACUGGCUGCUUCCAUCAUUAGUGUGCCUGAUAUUAGCGAUGCAGAUGAUGAUACUAGAUAG